AUGUCACAAUUUCAAGAUACUGAAAAUGUUGAUCCAAGACAUCUCAACAAUAAUGAAUCAAAUUCAUUUCCAAAUCAUCAUGUUAAACCAACUUUGAAAAACUAUACAAAUUCAAUCAUUAAAAAUUCCAAAAAUCAUCAUCAUCAACAACAACAACAACAAAAACAUUCAAUUCCAAAAUUUAAUUAUCAAACUCCAAAAAUUUCUCAAACAAGAGUUCCUGUUAUUAAUUCAAUGAAUUCAAAUGAUAUAAGAUUAUCUGUUAAAAAUGCAUUAAAACAUGAAUCAAAUAGAUUUGAAGUUGGUGUAUUGAAUCAAAAUUCAUUAAAAUCAUCAAAUAAUAAUUUAAAUAAUAUUCCAUUACCAAAAUCUCCAUUAGAUUCAAUUAAAAUUAAUACAUCAAAUACAAAUUUUGUUAAAAAGUCAUCAUCACCAACAUCACCUUCAACAUCAUCAAAUAUUGAUAAUUUAUCUUUAUUAGAAAUUUAUAAUAAAGAUCAUGAAGAAAUUGAACAAGAUAAUGAUGAUGAUGAUGAUGAUGCAAAUGAAACAAUUAAACCAAAAUCAAGUAAAUCAAUAUUUAUGACAAAUAAUAAUGAUGAUAAUAAAAAUUUACAAAAAAUUGAAGAGGAAAAUUAUCUUGAUUUCCAUUUUGAUGAUGAAUAUUAUGAAGAUGCUUGUGAUCCAAGAAUUUCUUAUUUACAACCUCAUAAACCUUUUGUUGAUGUUAUACCUUUAAUGUUGGGAGAACCUUUAUCAUCAAAUGAUACACCAUUAAAUUUAUCUUCAGUUCCAAAAUUAACAAAAGCAUCACCAUUUUUCGGUAUGGAGGAAGAUAAAGUGGAAAUUUCUAAAGAUGAAUUAAAAUUAUAUGAAGCUUUAAAAUAUGAUAAGAGUUUCCCAAUUUGUCCAAUUAAUUGGAAAGGUGAAAUUAUUGGUCCACCAAUUGAUGAUGCAAUAUAUAAUAAUAAUCAUAAAGUUGAAUUUGAAAUUGAAGAUGAGAAUGGGAAUGGAAAUAGAAAUGAAUUUGAUGAAGAUUUGGAACCUAAAGGUCCAUAUUUUGGUAAAAUUAGUUCAUAUUGGAUUGGUGGGUUCUUCCAAAAACUUUUAAAAUUAGGUCCUUUUUCCAAUGAAUCUAAAUUAUAUGAUAAAUAUCCUUGGGCUAAAAUUUUUUAUGAUGUUGAAAAUAAAGAUAAUCAUACAAAUAUCACUGAAUCUAAAACAAUGAAAAUUAAGAAAGGAACUAAAAAAGAAUUUAAAGAAAUUGAAUUUAAUGAAGAUAUGUUCCCAGCAAAAUAUUCUAAUACACCAUUAGAUGAAUUUGUUGAUAAUUAUACAAAUUUAAGAAGACAAAAACACACUUUUGUACCAGCAUCAUAA